AUGGGAUUCGGUGGACCUCCCCGAGGACGCGGUGGACCUCCUGGUCGUGGUGGUGGACGUGGUGCCCCCCGUGGAGGUGGUGGCCGUGGUGGUCGAGGCGGUCUCGGUGCUCGCGGUGGUGGCCGCGGUGCUCCCCGUGGCGGCGGCCGUGGCGCUCCUCGCGGUGGACGUGGUGGACGUGGUGGUCGCGGCGGUGGCCGUGGUGGUGCUGCCGGUGCCAAGGGCGGUGCUAAGGUCGUUAUUGAGCCUCACCGUCACGCCGGUGUCUUCGUUGCCCGUGGUGGUAAGGAAGAUUUGCUCGUCACCAAGAACUUGACGCCCGGAGAGGCCGUUUACGGCGAGAAGCGCAUUGCUGUCGAGUCUCCUCCCGAGGCCGAUGGUGCCGUGACCAAGACCGAAUACCGUGUCUGGAACCCCUUCCGUUCCAAGAUGGCUGCCGGUAUCCUGGGUGGUCUGGAUGACAUCUACAUGAAGCCCGGCGCGAAGGUCCUGUAUCUCGGAUCCGCCAGCGGUACCUCCGUCAGUCACGUUGCUGAUAUCGUCGGACCUACUGGAAACGUCUACGCCGUUGAGUUCUCUCACCGUUCCGGUCGUGACCUGAUCGGCAUGGCCACCCACCGUACCAACGUCAUCCCCAUCGUUGACGAUGCCCGUCACCCUCUCCGCUACCGCAUGCUUGUGCCCAUGGUGGACGUCAUCUUCGCCGAUGUUGCCCAGCCCGACCAGGCCCGUAUCGUGGGUCUCAACGCCCACCUGUUCCUCAAGAACGAGGGUGGUGUCAUCGUCAGUAUCAAGGCCAACUGUAUCGACAGUACGGCCAAGCCCGAGGUGGUGUUUGCUCGUGAAGUGCAGAAGAUGAGAGACGAGAAGAUCAAGCCCCGGGAACAGCUGACCCUGGAGCCUUUCGAACGUGACCACUGUAUAGUCUCUGGUCUUUACAAGCGUUCUGCAUAAAGGUUUUGCGUAAAAUCGGUGGUCUGAUCUUUUUUUCAUGUUUUAAUCAUUUCUUGUGAUCUCUAUUUUUUCUGGCGUCGAGUGUUCCGUGAUAUGUCGAAAUGCUUUCUUUUUUGUGUGCUCCCAAUUCAAGGUUUCUUCUAAAUGUAUUUUUGCUUGACUCAGAAAAUUUCCAACAUGUCAUUUCUUUUUCAGUUUUGAGACAGUUCAAGUUCGACAGCUUCCUGCCUGUGCAAUUGCAUGAAUGUGGGUUCCUCGCGAAGGGUCCUGAGCAAGAUCGGACUUCCGCCGUAUCUCGGCAGUCGGAUUACUCCCCGAGAGCAGGUCAUCGGAUUUGUUGCGGAGUUCAACUGGACUAAAGUACUAGUAGAAGACAAUCAACCACAAUGGAU